AUGACGUCCAAUUUCCACAUCCAAAAACCCUAUGUGCUCGCCAGCCUCCCACGAUCACUGGCCCAGGUCGACGGGAAGAGCGUCGUCGGCGAGGUCUACGGCCAGCGGCCAGGCGUCAAGAAGCGCAGACGGGCCGAGGUGGUGGUCGGCAUCGACGGCGAGUCUGCAAAUAUCUACGAUAUCGCAUCGUCUCGUCUCAUCACGUCCUACCCCAUUCCUCCGCAAGCCAAGUUCUCCUGCGCCCCCUGCUCCAUCCGCCUGCGUUCAUCGUCCAGCAGAGACGCCACCGUGGCUCGCUACACAUACAUUGCGACCCGCGAGCCGGCACGGAAACUAUCAUUGUUCAAGGAUACCGUCGAGGCAGCCGGUGCCACGGCGUCCGAGUCUGUGACGGCGAGCCUGGGCCGCACAGGUGACAUCGUCGCUCUACACACUCUGUCUCUGCCCGAGAAAAAGGCAGACGCGCCCGCGUCGUCUGUGGUGGUGGAUCUGCUGGCCGUUUACAGCGACGGCCAGGUGACCUGUUUCGACGGUGAGACGCUCAAGGAGAAGUACAAGGCCUCGGUUGCUUCGCUGUCGCAGGACCCUGUGCCACGUGGCUCGAACGUACUUGUCGAGUUUGUGCAGAUGGGCCUCGCUUCUGAUGUCGUCAAGGGCCUGGGAUUGGGCGAUUAUUUGUCCGGCAUUUUCUCUCAGACGAUCGACGCCGAGGGCGGCUUCAACCCGGACAUUGUGUUUGUGAUUACGACUGUGACUGGCGGCCAGGUCGGGAAUGGUGCCGCUCGUUACCUGCACAUUCUGUCUGCCGACUCGGAACGUGACGUCCUCCUGCAGGCCCAUUACAUCCGCCUCCCCACCCCUACGGCCGGUGAGACUACAGACGGCGUGGUCCUCAGCCAGCCGACCUACCGCCUGGAUGUCCUGUCGGGGUCUCUGCUUGCUCUGGAGGGUGAGAGCAUCUUGUCGUACGACCUGACUCGGAGCGUCCCCCGCGUUGUCAGCAACAUUGCCAUCCCCGGCGUCACCUCCUUCCUGCGCCUGUCCAAGUCGAGCAUCCUCGCCGCUACCCCGACCUCGUUCUCCGUCUACAACCCCCUGUUCAAAUCCCUUCAAGCCUCGACCGCCCUCGACGUCCAGGCAUCGGUCAAGUCCUCCCGGGGCGAGGCACCCAAGUCCGACAGCAAUGGCAGCCGUGCCUGCUCUUUCGUUUCGUUCUUCCCCCAGCUCGAGCUGGCCGUCGCUCUGCUGGACUCGAACCUCGUUGCCGUUCAGCUGGAACCGCCGCGCACGCGGAGCAAGAAACGCCGCGCGGACGGACUGCUGAUCGACUCAAUCGGCCGUGGUUCGUCGCUUGCGGACGCCAGGACGAGCGCGGAGUCUGCUCCACUGCCAAAGAAGUACCUUCCCGGCACCAUGUCGGCCAGCUACCUCGCCCAGUUCAACGCGGAUGCCAAGAGCGCCGAUGCUCUGCUCGCGGAACAGGACAUCCCGGGCUUCGACGAUUUGCUCGCUGAGAGGCUCGGCAUCCAGUCUCUUAGCGACUGGCGCUGGCAACGGCCCCUCGAAGCCACGGCUGCUGUCGACGCUAUGGACGAGACGCAAGAUGGUGACGAGGGCAACGCCGCUACGAACGGUCUCCCGAAUGGCACAACAAACGGUCUUACGAAUGGGCUUACGACCGGAAACACUACCAACGUACGCACGACCACCCCUCCACCGCCAUCUUCUUCAACACACCGUGCCAAGUACCCGCUCGCCGACCGUCGCUGGGUCGUCUACGCCAUCAGCCGCAUUUUCACAGUCAAAGAGCAGGCCGGUGGCCGCCUACGGCUGCGGUGCAAGGUGCCCUCCAGCGACAUCCUCAACUACCUCGUCGAUGCGGGCCACCUCUCCGUGGCCAACACGCGGUCCGCGCUACGCGAGUCUCUGCGGGAGGUCGACGAUGACGACCAGCUGUUGGGCGAGUCGCUGCCGGCUGUGCUGGCGCACGUCGACCCCAGCCUGGACCUGCUGCUGCGCUGGCUGUACGAGACGAAGCUGGGCGCCACGGAGCUGCUGAGCGCCACGUUAUUGCUGAUGCGCAGCCUUGAGCUCGUGGACAAGCCGGCUGAGCAGCCUAAGCUUCUCGAGGGGACGCUGCUGCGCAACGGCGAUGCAGCAGCGGAGGGCGAAGGCGAGGCGGACGCCGCGCACAGCGGCGACAAGACAGCGCCGCCUGAGCAGCUGGAGCUGGACGAGCUCGACCAGCAGCUGCACCUGGCCGAGUACUUUUUGCAGCACGUCGAGAACGACCCGCGCGACCUGGCCCUCGACAUUGCCAUUGGCAAGCUCGGCAGCUGCCCCGCCAUGGCCACCGUGCAGGGCCUGCGCCGCAUCUUCCGCACCGACGAGAUCCGCGCCCUGAUUGAGGUGCUGCGCAAGCAGAUGGUGGACCAGGGCUGGGCGACGCGGUACAUGGACAUGGACGAGCCGUCGACGACGACGGACACAAACGGCGCCGCCGCUGGUGCUGCUGCUGCUGCUGCUGCUGCUGCUGCUGCCGACACGACGCCGCUCAACUACAGCAUCCGCCUGAUUGCCGACCUGCUGUGCCGCUGCAUUGACGCGGUGCGGCCUGGCGAGUGGCUCAUCAACGACGAGGAAGUCGCUGCCUCCGCUGCUGCUGUUGCUGCUGUAUCCAACGACGACGCUCCAUCGUGGUCCGAGGCCGCAGCGGGCGGCGACUUCUUUGCCCUCCUCAAGUGGCAGGUCAGCGCGGCGCUCGAGGGCGUCCAAGAAGCCCUGUACCUGCGUGGCCUCGUCGGCGAGGCCGUGCGCUACGGCAUGGGCGUCGAGAAGAUCGCAUCGAAGGCGGCGCACCUGGCCAAGAACAGCCAGGGCGACGAGGCCAAGGCGCGCCCCCAGACGGUGGCGGCGCCGGCCGCGGCGUCUGUCGUGAGCGGUCUGCCGCUGGGCCUGCGGGCGCCCACGGGCCUCCCACGGCAUACGGACGUGACGGCCACCAAGGUCGUGUACGGCGGUGAGAUUGUGAAGCGGACGAAGCGUGAGAUCGGCCACCUGACGAGCAAGAAGGUGGGCGCGUACACGCUGGAGCGGAUUGUUUUUUAG